GCCUCCUGGAAGGCGGCGCCGUCGGCCUGGUGGGUCCCGUGGGUGGCGGCCACGCUUCCUCGCUGGCGGCGUCGGUGUGCGCCGCGCUGCGGGUGCCCCAGCUGGAGACCGAGGAAGAGGCGGCCGACGGACCUUCACCCUCGACAUGGCCCCGUCGCCGCGGGUGAUGGCGGACGCCUGCGCUGACCUGUUGGAACGCAUGGGCUGGCUCUUCGUCGCCUACCUCUACGAGGACGCCGCAGGCCUGGAGCGACUCCAGGAGCUGGAGAGAGAGGAUGACAUGUCCGACCGCAAGCUGCUCGCCUUCGACCUGUCCGAGGACGACGUGUGGUCGGAGCUGGUGGAGUCGGGGUACCGCAACAUCAUCAUCGACGUGGAUGAAAGCCGCAUCGAGGACGUUCUGAUGCAGGCGCAGGAGGCCGGCCUGGUGACGGAGAUACACAGCUACCUGCUCGUGUCACUGGACGCCCACGUACCGGGCAGCCGGCCUGCCCUUCGGCAGGCGAUGGCCGAAGCCCGGGUGUACAGCUUCCGCAUGCUGGAACUGGACGACUACGACUUCACUCUACUGGGCCGCCGACUGGUGCGCCAACAUCCAGAGCUCACCGCUGGCGGGCGAGAGAAGCAGACGCAGUUGGCGCUGCUGCACGAUGCCGUCCACGUGUUUGCGGCGGCGCUGCACAACCUGUCGACAAGCGGGGGCAGCCUGGAACCGAACGCGGUGGAAUGUGAUACCGCCACCUAUCUGAAUGACGGCCAGAGCCUUCUGGAUGCCCUGAAGAGCGUGAGCUACGAUGGAUUCACAGGAGAGGUGAAUUUCGACGAGGGCGGGGAACGGGAGCUGGACGACCUGCGGCUGUUCGAGUGGCACCGAGGCCGCAGCGAACACGUGGCCACGUGGAGCGCAGAAAAGGGCCUGGACUUUGUGCACGACCCGUACGAUGACGAUGGAGUUCCGGGAGGCGAGGGUGUUGACGACUCCAUUGACGAGAACUCCCUCGAGAACCGGACUAUCAUCGUGACCACCAUUCUGUCACCACCGUUCGUGAUGCUCAAGGAGGGCGCCGAGAAGCUGGAGGGCAACGAUCGCUUCGAGGGCUUCUGCGUGUCGCUCAUCGAGAAGGUGGCGCACCUGCUGGGCUUCCACUACAGGCUGAACGUCAUCGCGGACGGCCGCUUCGGCGCCGAGCAGGAGCCCGGCCGCUGGAACGGCAUGAUCGGAGAGCUGCUCGCCGGGAAAGCGGACAUGGCGCUGGCCCCGCUGACCAUGACCUCCCGGCGAAGCGCCGUGGUGGACUUCACGGUGCCCUUCAUGACGCUGGGCAUCGGGCUGCUGAACGCACGCGAGGACGAGACCGUGAUGCACACUUUCCUGAGUCCCUUCAGCGCCGCACUGUGGUGCGCCGUGGUGGCGACCGUGCUCGUCGCCAUGCUGUUGCUCAGCCUGGUGGGCCGACUCUCCCCGCUCGAGUGGCGUCGCAUCAGCGACUCGCGUCUCGACACCGACUACACGCUGGGCAACUGCUUCUGGAUGCUCUUCAGCGGGCUGACCUUGCAGCGCGUCACGCUCAUGCCCAAGGCCCCGUCCACCGUGGUGGCGAUGGUGUCGUGGUGGCUCUUCUCUCUGGUGGUGAUGGUGGCGUACGCGUCGGUGUUGGGAGAGUUCAUCGUGCGCUACCGGGACCGGCCCAUGCUCGACAGCCUGGAUGACCUUCUCCGUCAGAAAGAGAUCAAUUACGGAACGCUGCACCACGGCUCCACGCACGACUUCUUCCAGCGGUCAACUUUCCCGCAGUACAUGAAGCUCUGGCAGGGCAUCCAAAGCCAGGGCGACGAAGCGUUCGUGAACAGCUACGCCGAGGGCCUGGAUCGCGUCAUGACCGGCUCGUACGCCAUGUUCAUGGAGUCACCCGCCCUCGAGUACCUCGAGAAUCGGUACUGCGAGGUGGAGCAAGUGGGAGAAAUCAUCGGCUCCUCGGGCUAUGCCCUCGCCCUGCCCAGGGGGAGCGCGUUCCGGUCGGAGGUGUCGGCGGCCAUCAUCCGUCUGAAGAGCGAGGGCACCCUGCAGCUGCUUCGUCACUACUGGUGGCGCGAGCGGGGCGCCGUCAACUGCCCUCGCGAGCAGCCCGUGUACCGGCCCACCCCGUUCACGGUACGCUUCGGCCGCCUCAGUCUGGUCUUCGUCUUCCUCCUGCUGGGGCUCGUCAUCACCAUGCUCGUCAUGCUCUUCAUCUUCGUGCGCGGACACGCGCGGAAAAACCUCAGCGCCGAGUCCAUGAGUGCCGUGUGGAACACCCUGGUGGAAGAGCUUCGCGCGGCGAUGCUCUGCCGCAAAGAAAAGCAUGCCAAGGAGGAAGAGGACGCGGCCAAGGACCAGGAGGCGGCCACGACUCCCGCCACGGCGCAGCCGCAGCAGCCCACCAUAACCACUCCGAAUGACACCGCUCCGUGAUUCCUAUACGUGGCGCUGGACAUUGGCCUUGCGCAUUCGAGGCGCGCGAAGCAGCACAACAGAUCAGUAGCCGGCCCGUGGCCCUCGACGGUCUCCGCUACACCGUACUUCGCAGAGCUCGCAUUCGUCCGCGCAAAACAGUCCUCUUCUGAAUUGCGAAACCAACGUCCUUGCCAGAAUGAGUUUUUUUUUUUUACAUCUAUUUAAGAGUUUUGCCUUCUGCCACAAUGGAGUACUUCUUGGAAUUGGCUUAUACACCGAUAAGGCACUUCAGUCGGCUUCGUUUCGUUUAAUUUCCAGUGAAACGGGACUGCGAGUAUCAGUACAUGAAAUGAAAAUUAGACGAAAAUGUGCGCUCCCGGUCAUGACAAACAGCGGCACGUCAAUGUGGCGAUACGAGGAACCCAACGAUAAGAAGGUGAAGUUGCGCAGGUUUCUGCGAAGUCUUUCACGCAUGCAAAUAAGGAAAGACGAAAAGCCUUAAUUCUGCUGUACCGCGCACUUCAACGCGUCGUUACAGUGAUCUCCGUUAAUCUGAAUUCCAUGACCGUGUGGACCGUUAUGGAACCUUAGUUCCGUUUCGGAAUCAUUUCGUUGAGCUUUCUUGAAGCUGAACCUCCGAUGGCUAAACGGGCCUUUAAGAUCCCUUCAAUAUCUGCGCUGACAUAUCAGCGCGGAUGUUACGCCACAUUGGGGGCCGCAUUUUCAGCAAUCACAGCGCGAACUAACUGUUCGCGUGACAAACUGCGUCGUAAAUUGUAUUUUUGCGAUCACGUCACACUGAAAAAAUUCAGCGGUGCCAGUGAUGAGGGGAUAGGCACCCACCAGAGAAAGCAAGUGAUGGACCUCGAAAACCUUCACGUCUGGAGGCUUGUAAUGUAAUGCAGGAAAGGACCACAUAGCGAGAAAAUAAGUAGUAGCAGAGGACGAGAACGUAUGAAGGAUAGCAUGGCUUUUUUUUAUGUUUCCUUAGAUAAACCAUAGCCUCCAAGAUAAUUAGCGUACGUGCCUCUCUAUCUCUGAGGUCAUGGAUGCGCAAGCCACUGAUGUGAAACAUGAAAAAAUUAAAGAAGAUGAAAUGUCAACGCUGGGAUACAAACUAUUCAUAGCAAAGGUUAUUGGAAUCGAAGAACGCUUCCUUAUUCAGGUGGCUGUGAAAAGUUGCUUGGGCGUUACAACUCAACACACUUCCAAACGCUGCCAUCUGCUUUUCGAGUCGCCCGCUGCUGAAAACGCUUAGGAGAGGAAUCAAAUGACGCCAUGUUGCUGAUACGGGAAGCAAAGUGAGAUUUUAGACGACCUCUGCAGAAUUAUCGGCUCAUUAUAUCAGUUGAUGUCUCAAAACACGUUUCCGCAGCCUGCCGCGUCAUCUGGUGCUAUAGUCUACUUUGUUAAUUGGAGUUCGUUACAGCGUAAAAUGUCGAAGUUGAAGCCGCACUCAUUAUGUCAUGUACUCGGUCAUCUUGGCACCGUGCCCAAAGGUUACUGCGCGGUGCAGUACGAAUUACUGUUUUUGCUAGGCGUGCGAGAGCAGUGUACCGCAACAGACGUGAUUCCCGAAGAGCCAUUUUUUUAAUCGUUGACGUGUUGUAGCUCUGGCUUUGCUUUCAACAUCGUAAGCUUCACAAAGCAGGCAAUUACAUGAUGGAUCUCGUUUUUUUUUCUUUCAGUCAGCGAUGAGGCUUCUGAUGCGCAAAAAAGUGCGUGGCCGUGUUUAUUCUUCAAGCAUUUGCAAGAUAUGCUGCUGUCUUCGAAAAGAUAUUCUUCUAUUUCCAUAUUUUACAUUGUUACUUAGUGGUUUCUCCUGUGCCAUUACAAGAAAACACAACUUGUCAGGCGUGUAAACACGGGGCUGUGGUGAAUAUUGGUCCCUGCUGCAAACUUCAGUCCUGAAAAAAAAGCAUUGCCUAUGAUUAUUUGGUUCCUCGAACAAAAUUACAAUGAGGAAGAGAUAUGCUGGUCAUUCGGCACAUUUUCUUUGCCUUCGCUUAAGCGUAGUUUGAAUGGUUAUGUGUGAUAGUUCGUUAUUUUAAUUUAGAUAGGUAUAUAAUGGUCACACAGCUCCAUCAAUGAUUUCUAUUCGCUUAGAUUGACGUCUCAUAAGUUACACGUGCAGAAGUUCACACUUCCAGCAUUAAUUCACCACUUGUUUUUUCAAAGAUCACUUAUUUUCCACAACCUCCUUGAUUCGAUGGAAGCACCUGUUUGCAUGACUGAAGAGUAUGCAAUUCAGGUGUUAAAGGUGAGCUCGUGAUUGUAGCUGACCACCGCUCACAACUGGAGAAGACGCAAGACAUCAGAUAAGGAAUUGUCCUGCAUCCGACUGUUGAUGCUACUUUUCAUAAUUUCCACAUGACGCUUAGUGUUCGGAUGGCUCAGCGCAAGUUGUGUAAAGUUAGUUUGACAAUAAAAAAACUCGUUCA